AUUCUGUUGGCACCACUGUUUCCAAGAUGAACGCCUGUAGAUUGUGACUAUUUUCAGUUCUUUUGAACAAAACAGACAUCCGCAAUGGCUGACGCAAAACCUAAAGCGGAAAAGAAGACCAAGACCAAGGCACCAGCCCCAGAGGCUGCUGCUGCCGUCGCUACUACCCCCAAAGUGAAGGCUGUUGCUAGACGUGCCCACCCCUUGACCAAGGGUCGUUUGUAUGCCAAAGCCAUCUUCACCGGUUAUAAGCGUGGUCUUCGUAACCAACACGAAAACACAGCUCUUUUGAACGUGGAGGAGUGCAAAUCAAAACAAGAUAGCUGGUUCUAUGUUGGCAAGAAAUGCGUCUAUGUUUACAAAGCCAAGACCAAGGCUUCCUGCCCUGGCAAGCCCAAGGGCUUCAAGACUAGGACGCGCGCGAUCUGGGGCAAAGUAACCAGGCCACAUGGAGGCAGUGGAGCUGUCAGGGCCAAGUUCAAGCGCAACUUGCCUGGUGAAGCCAUGGGACACCGCAUUCGCAUUAUGUUGUACCCCUCCAGGAUUUAAAUUUUUACACUGUAACUAAAUUAAAAGCUUAUCAAUAAAGUAUUGGUAAAUAAUUUCUUAAA